AUGAGCGUGGCCUCCAUUCGACUGGCUGACCACGCCUGUAUCUCUACUUUGCGCACGUCAAAUACAUUCGCCUUUGCACACCUCCGAUCAUACAAGCUCCAUACCCUUCGUGGGCACCGCUAUUCCUCAAUGGCCUCAGAAUCACUAAACUCAUCCCAAGAGGACACAAAUCGCCGCUCGGGCGAAGAGGCCACUCCGUAUGCCACCCGGGCUACGGCAACAAGGCCCUCAAUGUUUCCCCUAUCAUAUCGAGACGGCUUUGCUGAAUGGUGGGCCAAGCUGCCAGUUGCACAGACGGAACACAAAGUCCUUUCCUACCUGCCCUACUUGCGCCAUGAACCACCCACCCACCUGCAGACGGGAACAGAGAGAAGGGGCAGCUUGGAGUCCACAGACCAUAAUCAGCAGGGCGAGAUCAGCACGAACUCCCUUGAUGACCCGUACGGCCCGCGCAGAUGGAGCUCCAGCAUGGUGGAGCUGAGCGGGAAGGACCGCGCGCUCAAUGAGUUCUCGGUAGAAAGAGUGGGUGAGCAAGCUGAUCAGCAUCUGGUCAUGCUGCACGGCUACGGGGCUGGUCUUGGAUUUUUCUACAAGAACUUCGAGCCGCUCAGUCGUCUCAAGGGGUGGCAACUGCAUGCUUUGGACAUGCUGGGUAUGGGCCGGAGUACUCGACCUUCGUUCAAAAUCAAAGCAAAGGGAAGAGAAGAUGCCAUUCGUGAAGCUGAAGCGUGGUUUAUUGAUGCUUUGGAGGAGUGGCGCAUCAAGCGCAAGAUUGACCGGUUUACCCUGCUGGGACACAGUCUCGGAGGGUACAUGGCAGUGGCCUACGCGCUCAAAUACCCCGGUCAUCUGAAUAAACUUAUCCUGGCCUCUCCUGUCGGCAUUCCGGAGGACCCAUAUGCCGUCACCGCAGACGUUGCUGAGCCUUCAGAAUCAACAUUGGCCGGCGAGGUUACCCAGGACCAGCAGAGUGUCGUGGCACAAGCUGCUGUCCCAGGAUCAGCACCGAAAACUGCUGACGGUAGCUUUAUCACCGGACAGCAGCCCGCUCAAGGGCCAGCCCAACCCCCCGACGGAAUCUUCCCAAGUGGUUCGCCUAUUUGCCCACGCAUCGUCUCCGGCUGGACCUCUCGCCGUUUCUCCCACCUCCCAGCCGAGGAAGCCAAGGCCCUCCACGACUACUCAUACUCGAUCUUUAGUCUCCGCGGCAGUGGCGAAUACGCAUUGGCAUAUAUCCUCGCCCCCGGAGCAUUCGCCCGCAGCCCCCUUAUCCACCGAGUCCACGGACUUGGACGUCAAUUGAUCCAUAAUAACUCUCCCUUGAACCCACUUCCUCACGCGAUCUCCACUGCCAAAGCCUGCUCAAAACCAGCAGAGGAUGACCCCGCCCCCACUGCUACCACUUCUUCUGAACCGGAGGCACCCGCUAAGCGUGAAAAUGGCCUUCCUGUGGUUUUCAUGUACGGUGAUCACGACUGGAUGGACGUUUCAGGCGGCCAUGCAGCCGCAGCUCGUCUGGAAGAAGAGAAGCGGAAGGUGUUAGCAAAUGCUACACCGGAGGAGCGUCGCUCCGACGAAGGUUCGUCGAAGGUGGUUGUCAUUAAGAGAGCUGGUCACCAUCUUUACCUCGAUGGCUGGGAGGAGUUCAACAGUGUUAUCCUCGCUGAGAUGGAGGAAGUUAACAGGCGGGAGAGGGGUCGUCAGUCUUCAUGA